UUUCAUUCCGGAUUUGGUCAUUCUUGGUUGAAAAUGUACACGAACUUUAUUCUGAUUUUUUACUUUGGAAUUUCAAUUUAUGAUGUUCGGGCUUCUUCCCUCGAUGAUCUGAAAAUGGUCUACGAAAAUGUAAUCAAAGAAUGUGUAGGUGACUACCCUAUAACUGCUGCUGAUUUAGAAUUGAUCAAGGCUCGUCAAAUUCCAAAUGAUGACAUAAAGUGCGUGUUCGCAUGCGCAUACAAGAAAACAGGGAUGAUGACCGAGGAAGGAAUGUUAUCAGUGGAAGGUAUAAAAGAUAUGAGCCAAAAAUAUUUAUCCGAUAAUCCAGAGCAAUUGAGGAAAAGCAAAGAAUUUGCGGAAGCAUGCAGCAGUGUUAACGAUCAACAAGUUUCAGACGGAACUAAAGGAUGUGAGAGGGCGGCGUUGAUUUUCAAAUGUAGCACGGAGAAGAUUACAAAUGCCGUAACAGAGGAAGAGCUUAAAAUUGAAUUCACGAAACUAGUUAUGAAAUGUACAAAAGACCAUCCCGUUGAUAUGUCGGAGUUAAUGCAACUGCAACAGUUGAUCGCACCGAAGAAGACCGAAUCUAAAUGCCUUCUGGCUUGUGCUUAUAAACUAAACGGAGUCAUGACCAGUCAAGGCUUAUACAAUUUGGAACACGCGUAUAAAAUUGCGGAAAUGUCCAAGAACGGAGACGAGAAACGUCUUGAAAACGGGAAAAAAGUCGCAGAUAUUUGCGUAAAAGUUAAUGAUGUGGAAGUUAGCGAUGGCGAGAAAGGUUGUGAGAGAGCUGCAUUGAUCUUCAAAUGCACACUCGAAAAUGCACCUAAGUUUGGCUUCAAAGUUUGA